GCGCUGACGUCACCGGGACCUCCCGAUCCUCCCGGCCCAGGCCGAGCUGCCCACGCUGUUGCCCGGGGCUCGGUGCCCGGCGCGGCCUCUGCCGGCUCCGGCGGGCGCGGGACUGCGAGGGUGCUGUGGGCCCGGAAGCGUCCAUGCCUGAGAGCGUCCAAGACCAGGCAGAGCUGGGCCUUCAGGGCCCUUGGACCAGCGUCUGUCUGCGGGGAGCCCCCGGUAGCCACUCGGAUCAGCCCGAGGGAAGAUUCUGGACGAGACCGUGGCCGUCCCCCGGGUGGCCCAUGGACAGCAGCAGGGGCUCCCAGGAGUGGCCAGGCCCUGCCCGCCCACCAUGCUGCAGUGUAGACCCGCACAGGAGUUCAGCUUCGGGCCCCGGGCCCUGAAGGACGCCCUGGUCUCCACUGACGCGGCCCUGCAGCAGCUGUAUGUCUCCGCCUUCUCCCCUGCCGAGCGGCUCUUCCUGGCCGAGGCCUACAACCCGCAGAGGACGCUCUUCCGCACCCUGCUCAUCCGCACGGCCUUCGACUGGCUCCUGAGCCGCCCCGAGGCCCCCGAGGACUUCCAGACCUUCCACGCCUCCCUGCAGCAGCGGAAGCCCCGCCUGGCUCGGAAGCACAUCUACCUACAGCCGAUAGACCUGAGCGAGGAGCCAGUGGGAAGCUCCCUGCUGCACCAGCUGUGCAGCUGCACGGAGGCCUUCUUCCUGGGCCUGCGCGUCAAGUGCCUGCCCUCGGUGGCGGCCGCGUCCAUCUGCUGCUCCUCGCGGCCCAGCCGGGACUCUGACAGGCUCCAGCUCCACACAGACGGCAUCCUGUCCUUCUUGAAGAACAACAAGCCGGGGGACGCGCUGUGUGUGCUGGGCCUCACGCUGUCCGACCUGUACCCCCACGAGGCCUGGAGCUUCACCUUCAGCAAGUUCCUUCCAGGGCACGAAGUGGGUGUCUGCAGCUUUGCCCGGUUCUCGGGGGAAUUCCCGAAGUCGGGGCCCAGCGCCCCUGAUCCGGCCCUGGUAGAGGCAGCAGCAGACGGCCCCCAGGCCCCCCUGCAGGACAGAGGCUGGGCCCUGUGCUUCAGUGCCCUGGGGAUGGUUCAGUGCUGCAAGGUCACGUGCCACGAGCUCUGCCGCCUUCUGGGGCUGGGGAACUGCCGCUGGCUCCGCUGCCUCAUGCAGGGUGCGCUCAGCCUGGACGAGGCCCUGCGGCGGCCCUUGGACCUCUGUCCCAUCUGCCUACGGAAGCUGCAGCACGUCCUGGGCUUCAGGCUCAUCGAGAGGUACCAGGACCAGGCGAGAGAAGGGAAGCCCUUCCACCGACCACGGCCCUCCGUGCCUCUCCGCACCCUCCCACCCCACCCACGAGGGCCAGGCUGUGUGUCGGCCCAGCAGGGAACUCAGGCUGAUGUGGGACCCCACGGUAACCUCACCUGUGUCCCGCUUUGGUUCAUGUUACACACACACAUCCGAAAGAAAACCAAAGGGUGAAAAUGACCUCCUGGAACCUGCUCAAAAAAAAAAAGCACUUAAGUUUGGGGUGGAGCUAAGUUUCCACUACUGUGAAGUCGGCCACUGAGCCCCAUUUCCAACAUGACUCCCAGCAAAUCACCAUCAGCCAGGUGCCGAGGCUGCCGGGCUCUUGAGAGUCUCACAAUGACAUUGUCCGGGAAAGAUUUCCAAACGUCAGGGUUAAGUGUGGGAGCAAUUCUCGUCCCCGCCACACCCGGAUCUGCCAGGACAGAGAAGCCGGUACCCCAGCAGGUGGUCUGCUUUUCUGCACAGGAGCACUGUGGUUUAUUUCUGAGUUCCACCCACUUCCUACCCCUCACCGCACACAGACACUGACUUCUAGCAGCAUCCACCAGGCCGGGGUAUCUGGAACUCCCUCACUUCUAGGGACCUCCUGUUCCCCCUCCUGCUGGGUUCUGGGAGCGCGCCCUGUGAAUGGGAAAUUCAAACACUGAGAAAAGCUUAUCUCCCAGGGACUAGCUGAGUGGGAUAUGGGCUAGGCAAGGCCCAAGCAUGGCUGUUCUGGGCCCUCAGGUCCUCCGGGCUCACGGGCUGGAGCCAUGGCCAUGGCCUGCUGUCAGCAGAACCACGCCACGCCGGCAUCUCCUUGAAGGGGCUGCCCUGGGCCCGCAGUACCAGAUGGACACAGCCGCGCGAGGGGAGGGGCGAAGGAUGCUUCCAGGGAGCAGUGUCCUGUGUCUGAAGUGAGCUUCCACCCGAGGAGAUGCCAAUACUGCAGCCCAGAAAUCCAAUGCAUCUAUUUCAAUGGCGCCCUGAACACCGCAAAUAACCUGCCUCCAAGUUUCAGAAGGUUCUGGAGGGAGAGAUGGAGCAGCAAGUGAAUGAGAAGCCGUAAGGGCAGGUCUCGGUGACCUGAACGCUUUCCUCCAGACAGCGUGCGAGACAGGCCAUGAACCUGGGACCUGGAGGCAGGAGCAGCACGUCCACACCCUGUGGGCUCCACUCCCAGAGCUCAGUUACUCCUGAAAACCGCAGACUCUGCCUCUCUGCCGCCGUUGAGGCCUGCUCAAAAGGCGGCUUCAGCUCCUUUCUUGUGAAACCUAACGCUUUUCUCUUCCAGGUCCAACACAACGCCUCACAAAACAAUCACGAGAUUGAAAGGCUGAUGUCAGUGAACCAUCCCCUUCCAGGGCACGCGGUGCCAGACCCUCCCCUGGUGCCUCUGUAUACAGGCGUCCAGCCCGCCUGCUGCAGUCACCCCACCGACUCUCAGGCCUGGACCAGCUCCCCUGAACACCAAGGCUUCAAGGAAACAGCAGGAUCCCAUAUUGCAGGACCAUCUCUCCCUGGGGCUGCUGUGCAAAUUAAGCAAGUCUUAAAGUGGCCUGUCCUCUUCAAAGCAAAGCCUCCUGAAUUUCAAGCAAUCAUUUCAGAAAGAGGCUACUAAGCACAUGUGAUGCACCUUACAGAGAAAUGGCACCAAGAGAUUUGGAAAGGCUGCACGCGCGUGAUGAAAGAUUAGCAAGGAUUUCAUCUCUGGCCUUAAAUCACCAAAGAAAAUCCACCAUCCCCGCACUUCUCGAGGCAGGUUGCUGGCCAUAGUGAGAAGACCUGGUGGCGCGUUAUAUGGUGAAAUACAAUCCUCACCACACUAAACAUGGAUGUCCCCAAACCUGGAAGGAACCUUCCAGCUGGCCUCUUCAGUGACUGUCAACCCUGGCUGACAUCAGAACCGCCUGGGACAUGGAGAAACCUCUAUGUAUGAGUUGGUGUCUCAGGCCUGACGGCUCAGCACACUGCCUGGGUGAGAGCUCCUCAGGUGAUUCGACUGUGUCCCCAGGACAGAGAGCCACUACAUCAUCCAGUGUGGAGACGUGAGGACAUCCAGGCUCCCAGAGCUCAGCCUACAGUCAGAGCUCAGCCUACAGUCAGAGCUCAGCCUACAGUCAGAGCUCAGUCAGAGCACACUGUGUGCUCAGGGCAGGUGUUUUUCUGGCGCACUCUCUGCCUUUCCCACUUGUGGUCAAUUCAAGCCCCCACCGGCCACACAACGGGCUAAUGGUGCUGAGUGGCAUCCCCACUCCUCUUUCCAGAAAGCUGCUUGUUUGGGCAAGAAGAGAGAUGCCCCGUGAUGCCGAAGAGCAAGUUACGGCGGAGGCCUGAGCAUGAGAACUCUGGUCACAUCAUGCCGAGGACCGGAUGGUGCCCAUGCUUCCUGUGAGUGGUCUCUUCGCUUUCUGGCUGGAACGAUAACCCCAGGGGUUGCGAGGACAGAACCUCCACCUGCCAUCCCCAUGGGCACUGCUGGUCUCCAGAGCACGUCAAGGUCCUUCCCCUCCCAGCUUCUGAUCUUGGAAAGCGAGGCCUCUUACGCUCACAUGCAUGUGUUUAGGUGUAUAUGCUGCCAUGCUUUAAAAAUAAAGAGUGUUUUGA